UCAUCUCACUGGCCAGGAGCUUUCUUCGCGCAGGGACAGUUUGGAGAUAUGAAAUUGAAAAUGAACUUCAGGGGGAUUUUUCUAGCCAAGUGUCUGGUUUUAUUCUCCUGUGUAAAAGGGUCUGCAAACGAAGCACGUAACGAGUAUGGCAUGCGGGGUGGUUCUGUUUUUUUGAACAUUCAUAACUUCAAAGUGGAACAGCAACAGGAAGUAAUAUGGCUCAAAAAUUCAUUCCGUCUCACGAAAGGCAACAGUUCUGGUGUGAAAUAUUACAAGGAUAAGAACAAGUAUGAAAUGUUCCCCAAUGGAACCCUGAAAAUAGACCACCUGGUGGAAGAGGACAGUGGAAAUUACAAAGUCACUGUGUACGAUGGCAUGGGAAAUCUGCAAGUGGAGAAGAACUUAAUUCUGAGUGUUCAGGAAAUGGUCUCUAAACCAGAAAUCAAAUGGACAUGUUCACAAAAACUCAUAAAUGUGACAUGUGAGGUGAAACAGAAGAAUAAAUUUGCUUUUCGCUUGCUUCAAAAUAACCGGCUGCUCUCUGUCGGGCCAAUCGAUGCAAAUGGCACAUGGAAGAUUGAAUAUCGACCCAAGACCAAAAUCCUUACUGCAAAGUUCCUAUGCGAAGUUAAAAAUGACGUUAGCCAAAAAACUACUGAUCAGGAAAUCAAAUGUUCAGGGCCGCUGGACAUUGUUCUCAUUGGGAGCAUUGCAGGAGGUGCAGUUGUCUUUGUCAUCUUUUUGGCACUGCUGAUUUACUGUAUCAAGAAGAAGAGAGCAGAAAGAUAUGAAGAAGAACAGGAUGAAGAGACACAGAUGAAAAUUCGACAAUCAAGCGACGAACCAAAAUAUCGGGAGCUUCCUAAACCUCCAGUUCACGGUCCCCCAAAGCAGCCACGCCAGCAGCAGAGACUCCCUCCACAGUCUCAAACUCAAUACCAGGCAGGGCCUCCCCGGCCCAGGCCACGCACUCAGCAGAAGUCUCCAAGCCACAUGAAAGAGCGACUGUAAGCAUUUGUCCUGGAGGAACAGAACCUGUCCCAUUACUUGCUCUGGUGGGACUUGCCACAAAAAUAACCUUGCAAAUAGCCAACAAUCCCCCAGAUUGGCCGCUUUUGUUGUGGAAAAUCACUGUCUAUACUGAAUGGCUGAUGAAAAGGCACAACGAUGGAGACUUGAAGUCAUCACAGGUCAUUAUCUUGGCCAUUUUCUUCAAGUGACUCCAUGCUAAUGUGGGACAUUUAGUCCUGAAAUCUGCUUCCUUUUUGUUUCAUUUGGUUGUACCUCUCCUUGCCAACUUCUGAUCUAAUUUAUUUUAUUUUAUUUUAAUUUUUUGGGGGGAAGGCUCUAAGACUCUAUUGAGAUGACUUUCAUCACAUCUAUCUCUUUCUCCCUUUGCCUGCACUCCCACCCAAACACCCCUCUAGUUGUUGCAGCCAGUCAUUUGAUCACAUGGAGAAGAAAAUAGCUGUGUUAAUUGUAAUGAAGGCCUGACAUAGUGGAGUGCUGGCAAGAAACUGCAACUUUAUUUCUUGGCUACAGUGACAUGACCUGGUUCAGGGUUCCCAAGGCAGAUGUACCUGUCACGUGACAGGAGUCAGUAUCCAUUGGUUUGUGAGAUUCCUGUAGCACAGUAAUAUAUACUACCAACCAAAACCAAGUAGUCUAAUUAAUAACUAUUUUCUCUGAAGCUUGUUGGCUCUCUCAUCCCAUGGCCACUUUGUGCUCUCAAAAGAGGCCCAGAUUUUGUGGCCAGCGCAGGUACUAUGGUUGGUGUGCCACCUGGAGCCAGUCACAUGUACCAGAGAGGAGGAAUUCACCCUCUUGCUUUUUCUACAAUAUUACUUGCUUCCAGGAAAAUCUGGAAAUGCUGCAGUGCUGUCUUCUGCUCCUCUCCCAGAGCUUGUCCACACGGAGGGAUUUAGAAGGCCUCAUUUACUCUAUUUCUGUGAAGGACUUGGUUUAGGGCUGAUACCACAUAAUUCAUUUGACAUCUGUGUCAGCAUUCUGAAAGCAAAUAGCCUUGUAUUGACGCAGGUCAGGGGACCCAGCGGUUCCAAUAACUCUUGCUUUGACAAAGGAGGACAUGCUCGGCUGGUCUGCAGUCAGCACCACAUGUCUCUGGAACAGUGGGUGUAGUGCAGGAGUUCUCAAACUGGGGGUCUGGACUGUCAUGAGCUGUCAGCCUCCACCCCAAAACCUGC